AUGUCGACGCUGAUGCACCAACGGCACUUGCUCUUGCUCGAAAAGAAGCACAGACGAAACGAGACGACGUGGUUCGUGACAAAAUCUGCACUCAAGAAAGGAGAGACGAGGAAGAAAAACUUUCACGUUGUUCGUCGUCGUUUGUUGCUCUGCUGUCUUAUAUUGGUCACCUUGGUGUUGUAUUCUCGAUUUUAUUCGUCAACAAAGACGACGGCGACGUCGCCGUCGAAGAUGCAACAAACGACCACCCGAAGAAGAAGAGCAGGAACGGUUAAAGAAUUCGUUGGAUGUAACGACGACAAGGACGGUAACGAAGAUGACGAGGACGAAAAAGAGAUGGAUGCGAAGGACUUCGUGCUCCGCUCGAUCGAAACCACUCGAGUUCGCUCGAAACCGUUUGCGAGUUACGUGCACUUGUGUCGCGUGUUCCCUAGAAAACUCUAUCGAGAAAUGACGGAGUAUUUCCCACCGAAAGAAGCUUUAGCGCCGGCAAAAUUGACGAGCCAUAAGUUAAGAUAUAAAAUCGAUCGCGUCGGGAGUUUACUCGAUCUUCCCGAGGCCAUGAAGAAGACGUUUAAGAAUUUCACGAAGACGGUAGAGGUGUGGUCAAAAGCGGAGGAGAUUUUGUUAUCGGAGAGGUUGAGGGAGACGGUGUUUAGAAAAUUAGAGGUAGACGAGGUCGAGAAGAAAACACGGUCGAAGGAUUUUCGGAUACAAAUGGACGUCGGCGGGUUCACUUUAGGGCCGCACCCUGAUUCACCGAAAAAAAUCGUGACGUUGAUGUUGUAUUUUCCAAAAGAAGAGGAAGAGGAAAGCAAUAAAAAACUCUUCGGGACGUGUUUGUAUACGAAAGAACAAUAUGAAACGUUCGCAGACAACGACGAAGGAAAGGAAGUAUUACCAUCUUGCGAGAAGAAGUUUUUGUUUGAACCAAACACGGGAUACGCGUUCAAAGUAGGCGAGGAAAGUUACCACGGCGUGGACGACAUCCCGCCACGCUGCGAAAGAAGAACGCUUUUGAUUAACUGGUACUCGACAAGCAAACCAGUAGGGACUCAAUCUGGAAUCUUUCCAAACAUUUGGGAUAUUAUUAGAGGGGAUGCGUAA